CUGCGUCUUGACCCGCAAUAUAGCGAUCUCACUAUUAAAUGCGGUGAUCAGGUUUACUGGGUGCAUAAGAGUAUUAUCUGCCCCCGGUCGGCUUUUUUUGCAAAGGCAUGUAAUGGAAAGUUCCAGGAAUCCUACGCCAAUAAAGUAACGCUACAAGAGGAGCCGGCCUUGGUCAGACAGAUGAUUGAAUAUCUCUAUACUUUAGAUUAUCAAGUGGACACUUUGUCAGAAUCUGCGCCCUUCACUUUGAAGGAUGUACCGACAGACCUGACCCAAUCUGACACAGCCAAUACAGAUUCUGCCUAUCAAGAGAUGGUCAUUCAGGGAGAUCAAGACUCCCUAAAUACGUCAAAAUCAACAAGUGACUUCGCCUCGUACGGUUGUGAUCCCCUAUCAUUUCACAUUUCAAUGUAUGCCCUUGCAGAUCGCAUGUUCAUUGAAGGUCUCAAAGGUCUUUCCAAAAGAAAAGUCGAACAAGAGCUGCUGCAACGACUUGAUGCAAGCUCCUUUCCUAGCGGGAUAGUGGAGAUCUAUAACUCGACUCCAUCACAGGACAGAGGACUGCGAGAUUUGGCAGUCAGAGUAACUAUGCAUCAUCUCACACGGCUGAGAACUGAAGACGAAGAAAGUCCAGCACCGUUCCAGAACUCUUUACUGCAGUCAGUACCACAGUUUUUAUUUGACCUGGCGGUAGCGAUGAUGGAUAGCACUGUUAUUGAGUGGGCACGAUUUGGUGAAUGCAAGAAAGACUGGAGUCGAAAUGCCGAGGUAUCGGCGGCUCGUUUGAAGGUUUUUGCUAAAUUCGGAAAGAUGUAG